GUGGGGAUUCUGGGCGAGAGGCGGAGUCACUGUUGCUUCGGCUGGGCGGCGCAGCGGACGGAGGAUCCUGGAGCCCCGGGGAGGGGCGCCACCAGGGAAGGAGGAGGAGGUGGAAAGGAGGAGACGCCCUCUCCGCCCGAGAACUCUCGAGGCUCUGACCCCAGAGGCUAGGAGACUGACAAGUUCCUCUACCUCGGCUUCCUGAAGAGGCCGCGACCCUGGAGGGCCCUGAGCCCACCGCGCCAGGGGCCCCAGCACCGCCCCGGUGGCCUAAAGCCGCAGAUUCAGGGACCACUGAAAGGUUUCCAGUUGCCUAGACUACGAGCCCGGGGUUAGAGCAACAACCCUUCCAGCCACCUGCCUCGAUUCCUGCCUCAGGCAACCAGUCCCAACCCUGUGCGUCCAGCCCAGGUGACAUGCCGGUGCUUUCCACCCCCCGGCCCUCGCGGGUGACCACUCUGAAGCGCUCAGCUGUGGUCCUGGCACUUGCGGCCUAUGGAGUUCACAAAAUCUACCCCCUGGUGCGGCAAUGCCUGACUCCAGGCAGGGGCCCUCAGGGGCCAGCAGGGGAAUCCACGCAGGAGGUCUCCGGGGCCACAGUGGUCAAGGCCGGUGUGAACCAGGUGUUCUUGCAGAGGCUCUUGUGGCUCCUGCGGCUGCUUUUCCCCAGGAUCCUGUGCCGGGAGACUGGCCUGCUGGCGCUGCACUCAGCUACCCUGGUGAGCAGGACUUUCUUGUCAGUAUAUGUGGCCCGCCUGGAUGGACGGCUGGCCCGCUGCAUCGUGCGCAGGGACCCUCGGGCCUUUGGCUGGCAGCUCCUGCAGUGGCUUCUCAUUGCCCUCCCUGCCACUUUCAUCAACAGUGCCAUCCGGUACCUAGAGGGCCAGCUGGCUCUGUCUUUCCGCAGCCGUCUAGUGUCCCAUGCCUACAGCCUCUACUUCUCCCAGCAGACUUACUACAGAGUCAGCAACAUGGACGGGCGGCUUCGCAAUCCUGACCAGUCCCUGACAGAGGAUUUGGUGGCCUUUGCUGCCUCUGUGGCGCACCUCUACUCCAACCUGACUAAGCCACUCCUGGACGUGGCUGUGACUGCCUACACUCUGCUUCGAGCAGCACGCUCUCGCGGGGCUGGCACAGCCUGGCCAUCAGCCAUUGCUGGCCUCGUCGUGUUCCUUACAGCCAACGUGCUGCGAGCCUUCUCGCCCAAGUUUGGGGAGCUGGUGGCAGAGGAGGCACGGCGGAAAGGGGAGCUGCGCUACAUGCACUCGCGUGUGGUGGCCAACUCAGAGGAGAUUGCCUUCUAUGGGGGCCACGAGGUGGAACUGGCCCUGCUGCGGCACUCCUACCAGGACCUGGCCUCGCAGAUCAAUCUCAUCCUGCUGGAGCGCCUGUGGUACAUCAUGCUGGAGCAGUUCCUCAUGAAGUAUGUAUGGAGCGCCUCGGGCCUGCUCAUGGUGGCCGUCCCCAUAAUCACCGCCACAGGCUACUCAGAGUCAGAUUCUGAGGCAGUGAAGAAGGCAGCGCUGGAGAUGCGGGAGGAGGAGCUGGUGAGCGAGCGCACGGAAGCCUUCACCAUUGCCCGCAAUCUCCUCACGGCUGCUGCAGACGCUAUUGAGCGGAUCAUGUCAUCCUACAAGGAGGUGACAGAGCUGGCUGGGUACACAGCCCGGGUACACGAGAUGUUCCAGGUAUUUGAAGAUGUCCAGCACUGCCAUUUCAAGAGGCCUGGGGAGCCAGAGGAUGCUCCAGCGGGCUCUGGGGCCACGGUGAGGUCUGGUGUCCAUCUGGAGGGGCCCCUGCAGGUCCGAGGCCAAGUAGUGGAUGUGGAGCAGGGGAUUAUUUGUGAGAACAUCCCCAUCAUCACGCCCACAGGAGAGGUGGUGGUGGCCAGCCUCAAUAUCAGGGUAGAAGAAGGCAUGCACCUGCUCAUCACGGGCCCCAAUGGCUGCGGCAAGAGUUCUCUGUUCCGGAUCCUUGGCGGGCUCUGGCCCACUUACGGUGGUGUGCUAUACAAGCCCCCACCCCAUCGCAUGUUCUACAUCCCUCAGAGGCCCUACAUGUCCGUGGGCUCCUUGCGUGACCAAGUGAUCUACCCAGACUCUGUGGACGACAUGCGAAGGAAGGGCUAUUCGGAGCAGCACCUGGAAGCCAUUCUGGACAUCGUGCACCUUAACCACAUCCUGCAGCGGGAAGGAGGUUGGGAAGCCGUGUGUGACUGGAAGGACGUGCUGUCGGGGGGUGAGAAGCAAAGGAUUGGCAUGGCCCGAAUGUUCUACCACAGGCCCAAGUAUGCCCUCCUGGAUGAAUGUACGAGCGCCGUGAGCAUUGACGUGGAAGGCAAGAUCUUCCAGGCAGCCAAGGAUGCAGGCAUCGCCCUGCUUUCCAUCACCCACCGACCCUCCCUGUGGAAGUACCACACACACUCACUACAGUUUGAUGGGGAGGGCGGCUGGAAGUUCGAGAAACUGGAUUCAGCCCGCCUGAGCCUGACUGAGGAGAAGCAGCGGCUGGAGCAGCAGCUGGCGGGCAUCCCGAAGGUGCAGCGGCGCCUCCAGGAGCUCUGCCAGGUCCUGGGCCACGGCCCCGGGGGCCUGCAGGGUGCUGCCACCUGACAGAGGGCCUUGGCUUUUGGCCCUUGGGCCCCAGCCCUCCCUGAACCUUUGGAUCACAUGAAGGAAAGAGCAUCUGCCCGCCAGCCCCACUCCCAGCCCCAGCGCAGGCCCGCCCUGCAUGCCUUCCUGCCCUAUGGCUACCACCUGAGAGGCUCUCUGAGGCUCUUGUCCCACAGCCAGAUGGGACCCACAGCCAGACUGGGCCCUGUCUGUGCCCCCUCUCCCUACCAGUUGUCCUGAAGAGCAUUUCCUAGGGAGUGAUGAUAAGCACGUAGUCUUUGUCCCUUUCAGUCCCCAGCCUUCUCUCUUCUACAAGGUAAUUUAUUAGAUUCCUGUUUGUAGCCAUCUCGAUUACCAAUGUGAACACCCUACCACCAAGGGGGGACCCAGGCCACACCCUUUCCAAGGGUGGCCCAGCCUCUGAGCCAGCCCCUCACAUCACCGCACCAGCCUACACUGCCAGCCAGCACUGGGGGCAGGGAGGGGGGCCCCCAGGCCAGCUGGAGAGGGAGAUGGACACUGGGGCUGCCAGGCGUGAGGCCACCAGUGUGCCCAGCUCAGUGCCAAAGAGGGGUCAGGAGGGAGGGAGCUGUCUGCAAUGCCAGCCCCCACCAAAGAGGGAAACCCCACUGCCGCCAUGUGCCUUUCUGCACCCUCAGAACCUCCCUCUGUCCUUGAAUAAAAUCUUUCCAUGGGAAGUACA